GAAGGUCACAGUCGAAGAAGUAGUCUGAUCUUUCUCUCUCUGUCUUCUAAUUAUUUGAUAAUCACCUCCGAUCUUCACCAAUCCGACACUCCUCUCCGUCGGUUACAGUUACACCAUAUCUAGAGCUCAGAGUCUCUGGAUCAAACAUGGUUCAAAUGGAGUUGCUUGGGAUGGACUUUAGCUGCGUAGUUGGAUCGCUGAGCAACGGCAAGUUUCCCGAAAAAGACUGUUUGCUUCCGUUAAUAUCGAAGCUCCUAGGCUACAGCAUCAUUGCUGCCUCCACUACCGUCAAAGUCCCUCAGAUAUUAAAAAUUUUGCGGCACAAAAGUGUCAGAGGGCUUAGUGUUGUAGCCUUUGAACUUGAAGUAGUUGGCUAUACCAUUGCCUUGGCCUACUGUCUUCACAAAGGGCUACCGUUUUCAGCCUAUGGGGAGUUGGCAUUUCUUCUAAUCCAAGCUAUAAUCUUACUGGCAAUAAUCUACUAUUAUUCUCAACCUAUGGGAACAACAACCUGGAUUAAGGCACUGCUAUAUUGUGCUGUGGCACCUACCAUCUUAGGUGGUCAAAUUGAUCCCCUUCUCUUUGAAGCUUUAUAUGCAUCCCAGCAUGCAAUUUUUUUAUUCGCCAAGAUCCCGCAAAUUUGGAAGAAUUUUAAGAAUAAAAGUACAGGGGAACUCAGUUUUUUAACCUCUUUAAUGAAUUUCGGAGGUUCCACAGCAAGAGUUUUUACCAGCAUCCAAGAAAAAGCUCCAACAAGUGUUAUAUUGGGCAGUGCAAAAGCUAUUUUGACUAAUGGUACCAUCUUGAGUCAAAUAAUCAUAUAUCAGAAGCCACAUGAUAAGAAAGAGAAGAAAACAGAUUAGAAGAAUGAGAAUGGGUCCUGGGAGCUUUGCUUCAAUAAUGAUUCAAUUUAUCCUGCAAGUAGAGCUGAUUUAUUGUAACUAGCCCCAGAUUGUUGGGUUUGGGCUUUUCUGAGUAGAAUUUGUACCUUGGAAAUGGUUCAAAGUUCUAUGUUUGUAUUAUAACUGAAUUUUUCAUGUAGUGAUAUUUUCCUGUAACGAGGCGGGUCUUAUGGGAGCAGCAAGGUUGCUUAAUUGGGACGUACGGAUCAUGUCAAGAAAACAGCCUCUUCGCAUGGGGUUAGGGUGUGUAUGUCUAGCUCUCCAUCAACACCAUACUAGCAGGGCUCGUGCAUUGGUCUGUAAUUGAUAAACCUUGAGGUCAUUCAAAAAAGGGUCUCCAUGGAGCGCUGUUGCUUUCAUGUUGCAGUGUUUCUGUAGUGUUUACUGUCACAUUUCUUUUUAGCAGUGUUUCUCUAGUGUUUAGUGUCACAUAAUUCUUAUUUUUGCUUUAUAGAUUCACUUACCUUUAUUGCCAUG